AUGAAUUUCUUCUCUGUUGUUCUAACACUUGGAAUUAUUACUGGUGUAUUUGCCGACUCGACGGCCUUCAGGCCAGUUGUUAGUAGUGCAUCCGAUGCUAAAUUGAACGGUUUGACAAUUUAUGCUUCUGGUGGUGCUAUUAUCUUAGGUGAUGCGAGUAGUAAUCCAACUGUAUCACAUUUGACUGACUGCGGGGCCUUUGCUGUUAGCGGGGAUGAUUAUGCUGGUACUGUUGAAUCAGGACUUUUUAGCUUAGUGGGCGCUACUCAGGCCGCAUUUGGCUUUACUAUUCAUGAUGGUAAGCUAACAUAUAAGGACAACGCUGAGUUUUAUGCGAUUCAACAGGGUUCUGGUUAUCGUCUUGCUAUCUAUGGUGGUACAAAGAUUACCAUCGAUGCUCAAAUAGUGGGUGGGGAUUCCAUAGUUAGUGAUUUUUCCCCUAGUGGUGUUUGUCAUGGCCAAGGACCUCAGAAAGUUUCCAGUACCAGUAUCCAAGGUGUUUCUAGUACUGAUAAUCAAGGUAAUAGUCCGGACGGUUCUCCACGCGGUUCUCCACGCGGUAAAUUCAGUGGAUCUCCAAGCGGUUCUCCAAACAGUUCUCCAAACAGUUCCCUAAGUAGUAAGGGCAAUGAUAAGCCAGAUGGUAGUUCGGACGGUUCUCCAGGCAGUUCUCCAGGCGGUAGAUACCAACAUACUACUAAACCAGCCGGCGGUGGUCGAGGCGGUAAGCCUUCUAAUUCCACUGUACACAGGGACUCUGUGUUAAAAAGGGUUCCAAGGGUGUCGAUCUCUCUUAAUUAG